CUGUGUAGGUGGCAGCAUCAUAUUCAAUGCUGAAUUUGAGUGUUUUGUAAUCGUGUGUCAAACGUUUCUGUCAUAAUAUUAUCUUUUUAUUUUUAAUACAAACAUUUGUCAAUAUUUGAUAGUUAAAAGUUAAAAGUCAAUAGUAAUUUCUUUCAUAAUUUUGUAGUGACCAUUGUUACUACUGCUUAUUAAAAUUUAUUCUUGCAAAGAUGACUGAUAUAUUGCAGAAUUGGAGCCCUUAUGCUAAAGAAUAUGAUCCGUUGAAAGCUGGCAGCAUAGAUGGCACAGAUACAGAACCACACGAUAAAGCUAUUAGUCGUGCAAUACAAGCACACUAUGAACCACCUUAUGGAUUAAAGUCAAAGCCAGAAAGAACAUUAUUCGUGGCUAGAUUUGGACCAAAAGUUACUAAACAUGAUUUAAAGGAGUUCUUUUGUAGGUAUGGAGAUGUCAUAUCUGCAAAGGUUAUAGUUGACAUUGUAACAGGUUUAACUCAGGGUUAUGGGUUUGUAGAAAUGAGAUCAGAAGAUGAAGCCAGGAGGGCUGUUAGGCGCAGUGUCGAUGCUACAUUGAAAGGCCAUAAAAUUUUUGUUGAUUAUGAAUGUGGUCGUUUAAUGAAAGGUUGGAAACCAAGAAGGCUUGGUGGUGGUUUUGGUGGCAAAAAAGAGUCGGGACAACUUAGGUUUGGUGGAAGAGACAGACCUUUCAAGAAGCCAAUUGUACCUAAUAUCAUAAGAUCCCAUAAUUAAUGUAAUUCUAAGUAGGUCAAUAGAUCAUUUGUAUCAGUUUAUAAAAAACUAUUUGUAAAAUAAUCAUUUAGAAUUUUGUAAAGUUAGAAUGUUAUACUUGUAUUUGAAAGAUAUGUCCGUAAACUGUUUUGAUCUUGACUUGGAGCCAAUAUAAAUAUUUUAGACUGUAUUCAUAUGUCACUUAAACCCAUUAGAAACAAUCAUAAAACAUUAUAACUAUUAUUAUCAUCCAAACUCUAUUUUUCAUUCAAAGUCUUGUAAUGCGAGA